AUGGGCUUGGGCAAGACCAUUGAAACCUUGGCAUGUAUUGCCGGUAAUCCUCCGUCGAAGGAGGAUCUGGGCGAGGGUAUGCGUACCACGCUGGUGGUAGUGCCAGCAAAUGCGGUCGCCCAAUGGAUCAGUGAGGUUUGGAACCAAUGCGAUGGAGUUACGCCAUCGCAUUACAAGAGGGCAGACCCGAUGACUCAGUGCACUCGCGGUUAUGCGGAUAUCUGGAGGCUUGAGAACAACAAAGAUAUGAACGCAGAGGACUGUGAAAAGCGCAGACCGGAUUAUCUCGGACCUCUGUUCCAUAUGAAGUUCUACCGCGUAGUUCUUGAUGAGGCGAGCACUAUCAAGAAUUUCUCCUCUCGGAGUAAGCAUUAUAGGAGCAUGAGUACAAGCUUCCUCGGACACGCGCUUUUCCAGUUACCCGAGCCUCAUUCUCUCAACCCCAUUAUGGUAGACCUUUCAAGGGAGGAGACCCUUAUCCACAGGACGGUUGAAUCUAUAAUUCGGAAGCGUCUCCGAUGCAAGGGCUGGCUGAUCUAUGUGGUCAGACUCCGUCAAGCCGUUUCUCAUCCCUUUCUCCUCGAGAACAUUGGACUCUGGUGCGAAGAGCGACUUAAGGUGGAAGACACGCAAAUGGUGAGCGGGCACACCACCCAUGAAGGACUGCUCGCCACGUCUGGCAUGAUUCCACAACUGGAACGCAUGACGAAGCAUGACAGGGGCAAGAAAGAAGCCACAGCAAGCAAGCAAGAGCAUGAGUGUCUGGAAUGUAACAAGCUCAUAACCAACGUUCGAAAUUCCAUGCAGCAGAAUGCCGAAAAGCGAGAGUCCCGGCGUGGGCCUUCCGCAACAAAGCCUCGACGCCGGGGUGACGACGUCAACCGAGUCCAGCCAACGCCCAACGAGAAGUCUACUACGUUCCUUGCUGAGAGUGAUCGUGAGCUCCAUAACAUGCUGAUGCCCAGCGCUAAGACAAUCGUUCUCAAGAACAUAGUCCUCGACUGGUGCAAGCUCUAUCCCAGCGACAAGAUAAUAGAGAAGUAUAAAGCCGUGCAAGAAUUUCAUGAAAAGGCAGCAAUUCGGGUUAUGAUUUCGUCCAUCCAAUGCGGCGGGCAAGCGCUGAAUCUCGCAUGCGCCAACCGUGUCAUCAUCCUUGACCCGUGGUGGAACUCGGCACUGGAGCAGCAAGCGUUUGGCCGUGUCCACCGCAUGGGGCAGCAGAAGGAGACGUACCUUGCCAAGGUUAUUGUCCGAAACAGCAUUGAUGAACGCUUGAUCAAGCUUCAACGGAAAAAGCUUGAAGCCGUGAACAAGGCUAUUAAGGAACACGACCCUUCCGACUCGGAUCUGACUGCGGAGGAGAUCGCGUCUCUCAUGGGUCGUGUGGUGCGUGACGAGGCAGUGCGGAUUGUGGAUAUCCAAUCGGACUACGACGACGACGGAAUGGGUCAGAAUGGGGAAGCCCAGACUGGGGACGACGACUCUAGUGGAAGCGAGAGUGACGCGGACGACUCAUCUACGUGCCGGGAGCGAAUGAACGCUACCAGGGAGGUCUCGUUUGAUUAA